AUGAUUACAAAGCUAGACAGUGUACUUUUGCCCAAAAAAAAGUUCAUCUUUCAUUACAAGAACAUGCGCUGGGCAAGGGGUCGGAACGAGACAUACCUCUGUUUUGUGGUGAAAAGUCGGAAGGGUCCAGAUUCCUUGUCGUUUGACUUCGGACAUCUCCGCAAUCGCAAUGGGUGCCACGUAGAGCUGCUGUUUCUGCGCUAUUUGGGAGCCUUGUGUCCUGGUCUGUGGUCAGUUACCGGAGGGAGGAUGCUCAGCUACUCCAUCACCUGGUUCUGCUCCUGGUCUCCGUGUGCCAACUGCUCUUUCAGACUGGCCCAGUUCCUAAGCCGGAUGCCCAAUCUUCGCCUCAGGAUCUUUGUCUCUCGCCUUUACUUCUGCGACAUGGAGGACAGCCGUGAAAGAGACGGUCUGCGGAUGCUGAAAAAAGCUGGCGUGCACAUCACGGUCAUGAGUUACAAAGACUUCUUCUAUUGUUGGCAGACGUUUGUGGCUCGUAAUCAAAGCAAAUUCAAGCCCUGGGAUGAGCUGCACCAAAACUCUGUUCGCCUGGCUAGAAAACUCAACCGCAUCCUCCAGCCCUGUGACACUGAAGACUUAAGAGACGCCUUCAAACUUCUUGGACUGUGAAACAUCCCUGUGACCUCCCCUUGUGGACUUAGCAUUAUAUCUAAGAAUAGGUAAAAACUGAGAAACUGUUGGUGUCGGACCCUCACUACAACUGCCUAA